AUGGAUCUUAAUGAGGAUAUGUUGGAUCAUAGGGAAAUGAUAGAAACUAGUGAUGCUAAAGAGGUCCCAUUGACAAGGAAGGAUGAGGCUAUAAGUAUUCAGAAACUAGAAAGCAGUGUCGGGUGGCGGCCCGGUGGCGGAGCGGUGGCCGGUCGGAAAAAAGGGUCGGGGAGCCGCAGCAGCGGCCAGGAACUGAGCGGCGGCCGGGGACUGAGCGGCGGGGGCCAGGGCGGAGGCCGCAGGCUGAGCGGCAAGCUGGGGCCACAGGUAGGUGGUGGCGGAGGUGCAGGGAGGUUUCCAACGGCGGGGGCCGCAGGGAGGCCGACGGUGAGAUUAGGGUCGGUGGAGUGGAGAGGCACGCAAUUGGAAGGCCAAGCUGCCGGGAAGCGGCGGUGUAGGGGACCGGAGGCGGCAGAGGCCGGAGACUGCAGGGCUGGCGGGGGCCAAGUGUAA